CUUGUCCACGAGGGAUCUUCGGCAGCAUGAAGGAGGCUCCGGGCCCCGAGGACGCGCGCCGAGCGCUGGGCCGCCUGCUGGAGGCGGUGCUGGCGAGCCGCGCCGAGGCCAACGCCGUGUUCGACAUCCUGGCCGUGCUCCAGUCGGAGCGCCCCGAGGACAUCCAGGAAGCGGUGCGCGCCUGCAGACGGCUUUUCGGGGCCCUGCUGCAGCGCGGGGAGCUGUUCGUGGGCCAGCUGCCCCCCGAGGAGAUGGUCCUGGCAGGUUCCCAGGGGGCCACCCGGAAGUACAAAGUGUGGAUGAGACACCGUUACCAAAGCUGCUGUACCCGCCUGGGGGAGCUUCUGGCCCACCCCUCCUUUCAGGUCAAGGAGUCCGCCCUCACUGUGCUCAUGGACUUUGUGCGGCUGGAAGGAGCGCACCCGCUGGAGAAGCCCAAGUGGGAAGGGAGCUACCUGUUCCCUCGGGAGCUACUCAAGUCGGUGGUGCGGGGCCUGCUGUCACCUGAAGAGGACCGCACACUGCUCCUGUCCCACUUCCGGUCCUACCUGGAGUAUGACGACAUCCGCUACCACACCAUGCAGGCGGCCAAGGAAGCAGUGGCCAGGGCUACUGAUGGGCACCCCACAGUGCCGCUCGCUUUCUGGAACAAUGUCUUCGCACUGCUGUCUUCCGUGAGCCUGCCACGCCAGGAGAGCACCCAAGUCAACCUCUACGUGCCCCACACAGAGCCCUCAGAAAAGUGGAAGGUUGUUCACCUAAAGGAACACCGGAAGGCCUUCCAGCACAUGUGGCUCAGCUUCCUCAAGCACAAGUUGCCCCUGAGCCUCUGCAAGAAGGUUCUGGUGAUGAUGCACGAUGCCAUCCUGCCUGGCCUGGCCCAGCCCAGCCUCAUGAUCGACUUCCUCACGCGUGCUUAUGACGCAGGAGGUGCCAUCAGCCUCUUGGCUCUCAAUGGACUUUUUGUCCUGAUCCACGAUCACAACUUAGAGUACCCUGACUUCUACCGGAAACUCUACGGUCUCCUGGACCCAUCCGUCUUCCAUGUCAAGUACCGUGCCCGCUUCUUCCACCUGGCAGACCUAUUUCUGUCAUCCUCCCACCUGCCUGCCUACCUGGUGGCAGCCUUUGCCAAGCGCCUGGCCCGCCUGGCCCUGACGGCGCCCCCUGAGGCCCUGCUUAUGGUCCUGCCCUUCAUCUGUAACCUGCUGCGCCGCCACCCAGCCUGCCGCGUCCUGGUGCACCGCCCACAUGGCCCCCAGCUGGACGCUGACCCCUAUGACCCCCAAGAGGAGGACCCAGCCAAGAGCCGAGCCCUGGAAAGUUCCCUGUGGGAGCUGCAGACACUGCAGCAGCACUAUCACCCCGAUGUAGCCACAGCUGCCAGUACCAUAAACCAGGCCCUAGCAGUGCCCGAGGUCAGCAUCGCGCCACUGCUGGAGCUCAGUGCCUUCGAGAUCUUUGAGCGAGAACUGAAGAAAGCACCGAAGUCAGUCCCGUUGGAGUAUCUCCCAUCCCAGGGCCUGCUGGGCCGCAAGGACCAGCUCUGCGCCCAAUUCUUCACGCUCGACUGACGCGGCCCCCACCUCCGCAUCAUUGUUCCAGUCCUAGCUCCGGAUGCCCCAUCAGCCUGCAGCCCCUGAUCUCUGCUUUGGCUCAACCAGAGGCUUCCCCAGGCGGACAUGGUAUGGGGCCAAAUGCUGCCAGUGGAGCCUGCCCAGGGGACACAGGCCACCUUGUCACUCACAUCUGGAACCCUUCCCCACACCCAGCUGCUUCCAGCCUAUGAUAUCAUUCUCAAGAUAAGUCCAGCUCAGAGCAGCUCGAGCUCUGGGCGGUGACAUCCAUCAAGACCCGCCCUGACCAUGUUUUGUGAGACAGAGUCUGCCCUUGGCCCACAGCUCUUUACCAGCAGAGGAGAGGGGGCUGGUACUCCAGUUUCCAGCCUUCAAGAGCCCAGCUGUAAAUGGGGAA